GGUUCGCUGGGGAGGAAACUCCUCGUUCAACAUGAGACCGAAGAGCAGCCGCCACUGAGACGAGAGACAGACAUGGACAAACAGAAAGUGCUGGCCAAGCUGAUCUGGGACCUGCAGUCCUUCCUGUCUGUUCUGGACUCAGAGAACCUGAGUUAUAUCGCUCAGGCUCAGAAGAAAUCCAUCUCAGAGCUGCUGUCCAAACUGCAGACAAACGACACUCCUGUGGAAGAUGCUGAGUACAUGAUCAUGAGCUGUCCAUCACUGUCUCCUAGCAACGAGCAGAUAGACACACCUGGGACAGAAGGUGUCCAGUCCUCUGAGCUGGUCUUAAAGCAGGACUCAUCUGUGUGGCUGAGAAAAGGGGGCCCUCUAGUCCCACCCCUCCCUCCAGGAGGUCUGGGAAGUGAUGAUGAUGAAGAUACCUACGAGGAGGCAGAACCCUACGUAGCGGACACAACCAUGUCAAACACUGAGAAGGCGGAGUCAGACAGCAGUCAUUACGAGUCAUACGGGGAGGAUGAUGAUGAGGAGGAGGAGGAGCCUGUGAAGGACAGAGCUCACUACAUCCAAUGGAGCGCCUCCCAGCCCUGCCUGAGACCCGCCCCCGAGUCGCGCCUCUGUGGCUACCUGUGGAGGAGGAAGUGGCUCGGCCAGUGGACCAAACAGCUGUUCAUCAUCAGGAAGGACGUGCUGCUGUGUUAUAAGUGUGCUCAGGACCUGCUGCCUCAGCUGGAGUUCAGCCUUCGUGGCUGUCAGCUCGUCUACAAGUCAAAGUGCAACAGGAAGAUCCAGCACCAGCUCAAACUGGUGCUACUGGGCUCAGAGACACUGGUGCUGGGAUACAGCAGCUUCCAGCAGGCUGAUGAGUGGAAGAGGGUGAUUGAGGAGGUGAGUGUUGGAGGUGAUGUGGAGACUCAGAGCUCGUUGUCUCUGAUCAGAUCAGAUCAGCUGCUGUCCUGCCGGUCCAGCACAGUCCAGACUGACUCUGAGGAGGAGAGACCUUCAGCUCGCUGCAGCCUCCACAAAGACAAAGGUUACCUGAACGUGCUGAUGAACUGUCAGUGGCAGAGUUUACUGUGUCGGGUGGAGGCCGGUCUACUCAACAUGUUCGGAGAGGAGACGGAGGAGGAGGAGGGAGGGGAGGUGAAGAGGGAGCGGUCACCUCAGUACACCGUCCAGCUCAGAGGAUGUGAGGUCAGAGCCGGACCCGACACCGACCGCUCCUACAGGAUCACACUGAGCAUGCUUGGUGACCAGGUGGCUGUGCUGGAGGUCAGCAGUUCAGAUGAAAAGGAGCGAUGGUUAAAGCUGCUGCAGGACGGAGCUGCCAAUCACAGUCACCAUGACAACAAGACACAGGAGCACACAGGUGGAGCUCUCAGUGGGCUGCAGAUUCGAAAGUUCCCCACCUCCAACACCUACAUGGACGACCCCUUUCAUUUGAGUGUAACAGGCCGAGGCCAGCCCAUCUACUCCAACACCUCCGUACUGGAGCACAUGCUCCACAGCUCUCAGGAUUCAGUUCGCUGCAGCUCGGUGUCGUCCAAAGACUCGGUGACCUACAGCAACACCGUGUUCACCAAACACAACAGCAAGUUGGCGGAAGUGGAACGAGGCGUUCAGAAGCUGGAGCUGACCGGGAAGAGGACGGUGCAGCUGAGGGCGGGCUCAGAGAUCAACCUGGCGUCUGCUGGGAAGCAAAACAAACGCACCUCCUUUAGACAGUCACUUGCUGUCUGCACUGAGCGCGCUCAGGCGGGUUUCCUGAACCCUCUGCUGCGACGGACGGCCUCAGCUAAGAACUCUCUGAGACGAGCUCCCUCAACGCUGUUCAUCGAGCAUGGAAAGGUUUUCCAGAGGAGGAAGGAGUGGGAAACCAAAGCUGCAGCUUGAGAGCAGCCGUCCCAUCGCCACGUCCUAUCAGCGACCCACAGUCCCCUCACCUGAAGACACACCUGAAGAUCCACCGUGGUUUUCUUUUAACAUGACAGACCAUGAUCACUGUUCUGCUUUAAGUUCGCUGUUCUAAACGCUCGAUAUACGAUCACCUAAAUCAGAUGAACCUGAAGAGCCGCUGAUGAGUUCCUGCUUUUCAGAGGGUGAAGUUUUGUGUUCCGGUCUACGUCAGAUUAUCAGAUUAUGUCGGAUUAGUGCCGAGCGAUGACCACACAUCAACAAACAUGUCACCGAAAAGAAGAGAACCCAGAACCAAGAGCACGCCUGAUUCUGGACUUCAUCCACAUCUCUAAAGUUUUCUCAGCCGUUUGCUCUACAGCUCAAACUGCAGACCGAACACAUCAAAGCGCUCACUUCCUUUAUUAACCUUUCUUGUUAAUCACUAAUCUGGGUUAAAUUUUAUCCAAUCGAAGGUUUGUUGGCCUUCCUGUUGGUGCUUCGCAGCGGAUAAACAUGAAAACCUGCUGAUUGUAGACCUGCAGCUGUGUGAAGGAUCCUGCACGAGCACAGUUUGUUUCAGUCGGUUAUUUCUGUCGUGUUUAAUCCCUCAAACUCUCUCUGAUGUAACUGAGUGUUAUUUCCACUGGUGCAGGAAGUAUUCAGAGCCUUUACUAAACCACACUGUGAAAAUACUCCACUACAAGUCCUGCAUCCAAACCUGACUGAAGUAAAAGUAUGUGAGUAUUAUUAAAGUACUCACAGUCAGAGUGUUGUUGUUUCCUGUCAGUGUUUCUCAUCAUCUCUGAUGUUUGUGGAUUAAUAUUCCUGCUGUAGAUGUUUCAGGUUGAGCUCAUCUGAACUUCUUUAUAUCCUGUUGGCUGGUUUAAUCUACAG